AGUCAGGUAGCUCCAUAUUUGGCAUACGGAGAUUCACACAACUCUGCCCCUCAGGAACUGUAACUAGGGCCAAAGCGCGCACAGAGGGUUUGUGCAAUGCACACUCCCGUCCAUGGGCUCCUCUUCAACGGAGUCAACCAGUCUCUGGUUUUCAGUCCUACGGAUGAUCCGAUCAUGGGGAACCUUGGCAAUGGCACCGUCCUCCCGAACGGGAGCGAUCCUUUUGGAAGAAACGAAGAGGUCGCCAAAAUAGAGAUAGCGGUCCUCAGCAUCACCUUUGUGGUGGCUGUGAUUGGGAACGUCAGUGUCUUGUUGGCCAUGUUCAACACUAAGAAAAAGAAGUCGAGAAUGCACCUCUUCAUCCGGCACCUCAGCAUAGCUGAUCUGGUGGUCGCUUUCUUCCAGGUCCUGCCGCAGCUCUGCUGGAAGAUCACCUUUCGCUUCUACGGGCCAGAUGUCCUGUGCAGGAUAGUGAAGCACCUCCAGGUGAUGGGCAUGUUCGCCUCCACCUACAUGAUGGUGAUGAUGACCGUAGACCGUUACAUCGCCAUCUGCCACCCUCUGAAGACCCUUCAGCAGCCCACCCAGCGAUCCUAUAUUAUGAUCAUCAGCACCUGGAUGUGUAGUCUGGUCCUCAGCAUGCCGCAGUACUUUAUCUUCUCUCUGAGUGAGAUCAAGAACGGUUCGGUUGUCUACGACUGUUGGGGCCACUUCAUAGAACCGUGGGGCGUAAAGGCGUACAUCACUUGGAUAACCGUCAGUAUAUUCGUAAUCCCAGUGUUCAUUCUGAUGAUAUGCUACGGGUUCAUCUGCCACAGCAUAUGGAAGAACAUAAAGUAUAAAACCAGAAACACACACGCGGGUGUUGCGUCUAAAAACGGUCUGAUCGGAAUUAACUCUGUUAGCAACGUUACUACUAUAUCCAGAGCGAAGUUGAGAACUGUCAAAAUGACGUUUGUGAUUGUCCUGGCUUACAUAAUAUGCUGGUCACCUUUUUUCAUCGUGCAGAUGUGGUCGGUGUGGGAUGAGAAUUUCGCAUGGGACGAAUCUGAGAACACCGCUGUCACACUGUCCGCGCUCCUCGCGAGUCUAAACAGCUGCUGUAACCCGUGGAUAUACAUGAUCUUCAGCGGGCAUCUUCUGCACGACUUUACUCUCUGUUUCCCGUGCUGUAAUAAAUUACGCUACAAGUUCAAGAAAGAGGACUCGGACAGCAGUCUCCGGAGAAAUACGGUAUUGACUAAAAUGACCAACCGAAGCCCAACGUGCAGUUCAGGCACUUGGAAAGACAGUGACAACUCCCCCUAGUUCUCCAUUCAAUCUAGUCAAGCAGAGACCAAACACAACGUGUUAAACGCACAAACACAAGCUGGUGGUUAUUUAUUGAUUGACUCUUAUUGACUUGACAAUUCUAAGACUUUCAAGGUACCACUUUAAAACGGGUGGGAUACUGACACUGAUAGAUUGAUGUGUCCCUAAAAUAGAUGAGCAUUACACAGUUGUUUUGGGAUAUAUUGUUUGGAUUGUCUGUCAGAAAAACAUCUCAAGAAUGAAGUCUUGAGAAGUCAGAGUGAUAAACCAAAAAUCACAAAGUGAUAAACUAUUUCCUCUGGUAAAACAUGUUAUAAAUUGAAGAUUAUAUUUUAUGUGCCAUAUAGUCUACAGGCCAGUGUUUCAACAGGUUCCAAACCUGAUUCUCUGGAGUCUAAGAGUUUAUAAUGGGUGAAAUACAUCAUAUCUGAAUUUGAAAAUGUAAAGUAGAAAAGAAACUGAUCAUCUGAACUAUCUAAAUGUUGUUUAUUUAAACCAGAGGGAUAAACACUCAAAUCAGCCUACCCGACUGAUUAGAGGCGUCCACAUGGUCCUAAAGCACACGAGCCUCAUUUUGUAUCACA